CAACACUCCCCUAAAAUCCCCACCUCCGGCCUAAAAACCUUCUUCUAAGGCUAAGGAUAAGGCCAUGUCCAAGCAUCUAACCCUCUCCUUCCUCCUCCUCUUCUUCUUCUUCCUGAUCUUAUGCGAUACCUCCUAUGGCCGGUUCAUCACCCACCGAACGUACUUCUCUUUAUCUUCUGAUCUAGUCUCCGAUGGGGUCCAGCAGCUCCGUGGCCCGCCCUACCUCGCUCUCAACCGGUCCUCUUCCUUCUCUGCCGAGUCCACUUGCGAGCAGACUUACGGCUUCUUGCCCUGCAGCACCACCGUCCUUGGAAAUAUCUUCCUCAUCGUCAUCUAUGACUACCUCAUGUUCCUCUCCGCCACCUAUUUGUCCAAUGGCAGCGAGGUCUUGUUGGAGAUUCUUGGCCCUGGUAUUGUCGGCGGUUUGCUCCUUCCAAUCCUCGGCGCCGUUCCGGACGCCAUGCUUAUUCUCGUAUCCGGUCUUUCAGGAAGCACAGAAACUGCUCAAAGUCAAAUUUCUGUUGGUAUGGGCUUGCUAGCUGGUUCAACUGUUACGCUUCUUACGAUAAUAUGGGGAACAUGUGUUAUUGUUGGCAAGUGCGACCUCGUUGACGAUGUUGCACAAGAUGCACAAGACACAAAAGGGUUUAACUUAACCGAAUCGGGUGUUAGUACUGAUAUCUGGACUAGCUAUACUGCAAGGAUUAUGGUGAUUUCUGCCAUGCCAUUUUUAAUCGUUCAAAUACCAGUACAAGUUCUCAAUUCAACCUCGGGGAGGCACUUGGCAGUCUGGAUUGCGCUUAUUUUCUCUCUCCUACUAUUGAUUUCCUAUUGUCUUUAUCAAGUCCUUCAACCUUGGAUCCAGAGACGGAAAAUAUCUUAUGUGAAGCAUAAGCAUGUUGUAUUAGGACUUCUAAGGCAUCUAAGAGACCGGGCAGUGGGAAAGCUGCUAAGGGAUAAUGGUGAACCUAAUGAGGAAAGCAUUAAAAAGUUGUUUUCUGCAGUAGACACAAAUGGAGAUGGAAACAUUUCAUAUAGUGAAUUGAGAGCAUUGAUUGUUUCAAUUCAGUUUGAAGAGAUUGACCUGAAUAAGGAUGAGGCUGCUAAUAAAUUAAUGAGAGACUUUGAUACAUCCCAGGAUCAUCGCGUUGAUGAGGCAGAGUUUGUCAAGGUCAUUUCUAAUUGGCUGAAGAGGGCAAGGCAUAUACGGACUGCCUCUCGGAAUCCUAAUCCUCAAACGCUUAGAUUUUUAGAUGCCAUUCACCAGGACACAUAUAGAGAGCAUGAUUUGUUGGAUGUGGAUGAUGAAAGCGAUGAAGAAUUUGAGGAUGCUGGGGAUUCCAGGUGGACAUCUAUCAAAGCAGUGCUAUUGUUGUUGUUGGGAACUCUCAUUGCUAUCGCAUUUGCUGACCCCUUAGUAGAUGCUAUUGAUAACUUUGCUGAUGCCACCAGUAUUCCUUCUUUCUUCGUCUCCUUCAUCGCGCUGCCUUUAGCUACCAACUCUAGGGAAGCUGUGUCAACAAUUACAUCUGCUAGCCAUGACAAACGUAUAACUGCCUCCUUAACAUUUUCCGAGCUAUAUGGGGUGGUAACAAUAAAUAAUGUUCUCUGCAUCUCAGUGUUCUUAGCCCUUGUUAACAUUAGGGGAUUGACAUGGGAUUUCUCCUCUGAAGUGCUGGUUAUUGUUAUUGUCAGCGUUCUGGUGGGUGGCUUCGCUAGCUUCCGUACCCAUUUCCCUCUUUGGACAGUUCUUGUUGCUUUCCUGCUUUAUCCUUUCUCCCUUGUCUUGAUCUAUGUUCUUCACUACGUUUUGGGCUGGUCAUAGAUUAACGGAUGUAUUCCAUUUCCUGAAAGAACUGAGGUUGUUUCUUUUUAAUAAGAUGUUAUUAAUGAUUAUUCUGUAAUACAUUUAAUCGUUUUGAUUUUAUUUAGGGCUCGCUUGGACAUGAUUUGGACAUUUUGUGAUGCAUUUAAUCAAGGCUCGCUUGGACAUUUAUAUUUA